UUUUCAAAUUAAAGAAUGUAAAUAAACACAAACGAAACAUAACCUCUAAAUAUAUGUCAAUUAUUCAUUUGUUUAUAAAAAUUCUACCCUGAAGUACGAAUUUCUAAAUAUUUAGAUUGAGAAAUUCGUAACUUCAGAGGAAAAAUGCAGCGUGAAGAGAAACAAUUGGAAUCUGCUUUGGAAGCAAUUACAUUACGAGUAAACGAUUUAAAAAAUUCGAUUGCUAAUAUGAUAUUUAAAAUCGAACAUGAAUAUGAAACAUUGAAUUGGCCUACGUUUUUAGAUAAUUAUGCACUUCUAUCAGGACAUUUAACAGCUCUAUCCAAAAUAUUGAGUCAUGAUAAAUCACCUCCAUUACGAAGUCUUACUGUUCUACCGCUGUUAUUAUCACCAGAGCGUGAUGAAGCUUUGGCAGAACUUACUGAAGGUCGUGUCACAACAUUCGCUCAUGAUUUAGUACCAAAUUAUCUACGAACAAAACUUGAACCAAUGGCUGAUAUACGUAUGGGACAAUUAGAAAAUAAAGCAGCAAGUUUAAGUUACGAAGCUGCGCAGAAACAAAUCGCAGCAUACCAAAAAGUUGUAAAUCACAUUUGGGAUAUCAUCAAUAAAGCACGUGAGGAUUGGGAAAGUGAGUCGGGAGCGCGACAAGGUGCUCAACAAACUAGUUCAGUAGCUGAUACACAUCAAUUAGUUGCGGCGGUUGGUAUGGGUAAAGGAUUAAAAAUGCAAGGUCAACCUGUAGUAGGACCAGGUGGAACAGUUGGUCCAGGACAAAUGCAACCGGGUGGUGCUAUUAUGGGUGCACCACAAGGAGUGCGUGGUAACACAAUGCCACAAACUAAUGCAAGUGGUCAACCUACAAUGGGACCUGGAGGGGUAAUGGGUCCUGGUGGUGGGAAAGCACCAUCCGCUAUUAAGACAGUUAUUAAACCAGGCAAUCAAAUUCAUCCUUAUGGGCGAUAAU